AUGGAAUCCAUUGGCCCAGCCAAUGUUCCCGUUGAAAGCCAUCUGCUCCUGGACUGCUGCCGCGAGGCAGACCAGGCGGAUAUCGUGGCCAGGGGUUUGGACCAGCUGCGAGCAGCUCUCUCGGAGUCGUUCCAUGGCCAUCUCAUAGCUUUGGCAGGAGAGAUACGCGACUCAAGUAGACUGCUGCGCAGCCUCGCCGACUGUUCCCAGGUAUACAUCACGCGUGUUCCUUUCAUGACCAACUACCUCAGCAUUCUGCUGCCCUGCCUGUCCCGAACUCUGAAGGACAUCGUCACGUACUACGAGGAGAAGACCCUGACCAGGGAAAUAAGGUGGCGUAAGAUGUACAACAAGAUGACUGAGGAAGCAGGAGGUCUUCCGCUACCGCAACGCUUCGUGCUCUUUAACCACUUCCUAUCGCUAUUGAAGCAGCUGCUUACUAGGUCGCCAAAUUUUGACCUCAACACGCUCGAGGCGCUGAGGACGCGGGUGGCCGCACUGCGUGAGCAGCUAGGAAUCCCGCCUAUGCCACAGGCAGGCACGCUGGUCCGCCAAAACCCGAUGCCGCUGGUGGUUGUACAAGAACGUAACUCGCAUUGGGCGGAGCAAAUAUUUUCCCUCCCUCUCCCAUCACGAACAGCUUUGAAACACCUGAGAUCGUCAAAAUCAUACGGCCCAUUUUACCCAUGGGGUCACCUGGCCAUACCGCACGACUCGACCGUGCUCUUUAAGCGGCCCUUCGAAAACGACACAAUCUCGGUCGUAGCCUUCCUGAGCUCCGUCGACCAAUGCCCCUACUUCCUGAUGAGAACCUUGCAAAACAGCGCGCCAUGGUACUCCAUGUUUGGUGCCCAUGAGCUCUGCAUCGAACGCGAAGGAAGUGCGUUGCAGCUCAAGAGGUGGAGUCGCUCAGAGCAAUGUAGUAAACUCUGGGCAGCGCUGUACUUCAUAACGUGGGAAGAGAUGGUGUUAUUCUACUGCACCUUCGUCGCCCUCAAAGCCCGCAGCCUCUUGACCGUUCAGAUACACCCGAACGAGUUCCAGCUGCGCAGGGAGAAGCGUCUCUUCCAAGCCCAAAUUAUCGACGACGGGUUCAGGCAUUCGUUGAUCGUCUAUGAAGACCUGCAAACACGAGGCUUACGACUGCACGCUGCAGUCUGGGAAGGCGAACUCAGGCAGUGUCCCGUUUGGACGGCUUUCGUCACUCAUCAGUCUCAAUCGCCGACAUGGCUCAGCCGGCGUUCGCGACACCGUGUCUGGCUCAAGGAUAUCCAGCUUUACGUGUUUUGCAAUACCUAUCGACAGGAAAACAUGCGGCAGAACAAGCUGGGGGCGUUUGAGAUACAUUUUGACCGAGAGGAAGCCGCCAGGCGAUUCAAGGAACUUUUUUCCAUCAGGUCCGCGGCCUCCGAGACGUCCGAAAAUGAGCAAGAGGCUAGCUCUGCGGCGUAG